GCCAACAGUUGACCGCGACGCGCGCACGGUAACCGCGCGGGCGAGUGUUGUGAUACAAUAGUGACGGAAGUGCAACUUUUUGGUAAACAAAAUCAAUAAAAAAUGGCGACUAUAUUAGUAAAUUCAACACAAAGCGUACUGAAAGACACAUACGAUUAUUAUUUGUGGACUUUAUCGCUCUCGGACAGCAGAACAAAAGGAUGGCCGCUAGUCGACUCGCCCUUACCAACAGUCGUGUACACCCUACUUUACCUUUUCAUAGUCUGGAUAGGUCCUAAACUCAUGAAGAACAGAGAGCCCUUCAAGCUGACAUGGCUAUUAGUGCCUUACAAUUUAGCAAUGGCGUUAUUAAACGCGUACAUAGCUGUUAGGUUACUAACAGCGUCGUUCAGACUGCGUUACAGCUAUAUUUGUGAACCGUGCAGGCAGAAGUAUGACCCUGAUGAGUUACAGAUAGCCGACGCGGUGUGGUGGUAUUACUUCUCUAAGCUUCUAGAGUUCUGCGACACAUUCUUCUUUAUUCUGAGGAAGAAGGAUGAACAGCUGACCUUCUUGCACGUGUACCAUCACUCGACGAUGUUCUCGUUCUGGUGGAUCGGAAUAAAAUGGGUGCCGAGUGGAUCAACGUUCCUGCCGGCCAUGGUGAACAGCGGAAUCCACGUGCUGAUGUAUACCUACUACGGCUUGUCAGUGUUUGGCCCCACGGUCAGCAAGUUCCUGUGGUGGAAGAAGUACCUCACCAUCAUGCAGUUGAUCCAGUUCACCUGCGCUCUGAUCCUGGGCGUCAACGGGAUUCGAACCGGCUGCGAGUUCCCCCUGUGGAUGCAUUACGUCCUCAUCUUGUAUAUGAUCUCCUUCAUCGUACUCUUCGGCAACUUCUACAUGAAGGCUUACAUUGCUAAGGGCAGCAAAUGCAUGGAAGUGAGAUACGGCCAGUGUCUGGACGACGACGAAACUAUUGCGAAAAGAAAACUUAAAUGCAAUUAGUAUGAAUGUACAUAGAUA